UACCCUUGAGGGAACACAAGGGCUGGAAUUUACACGUCAGUGCUGUGGUUGCUGCUGUCACAUUUCCCCUUGGAAACCUACGCCGAGGACUUUCCCCUCAGCGAGUACAUAUACACCAGCAUCACAGCAUGUCCAGCAUCACCUAUCAGCCUUCCCAUCUUGAAGAACACUUACGCAUCAGGAUCUGAGGACUCCAUCUGCAGCCUGAAGACAUGGCAAAGAUUACAGUCUCUCUCUGCGCACUGCUGGGGCUUCUGCUGGUCUUAGCCUCCGAGGGGGAAACCAAACUAGGUACACAAAGCAGGGCAUGCUGCGCACAAUUCAUCAAGGUUCCACUGCCUUUGGAGAGAAUCCGUGGUUUCAUCGAGGAACGCCAAGGGAUAUGUCGUCUCAAAGCAGUCAAGUUCAUCACCGUAAAGGGUAAGGUUGUAUGUGCCAAUCCAAAUGACCAGUGGGUUAAGGAUGCCAAGGAGUUCAUCAGGACCCCAACUGUGGCACCCUAACCUGAGGACACCUGUGGUGUUAAUCGGAAACUAUCUUUCUGCAUCCAAGGGAUGCUUUUGAUAACUCAAAAGAGCUUUGCUCUAUUUGUGUCCCUUGAUGAGCUUUGUAAGGGAUAUAACUGAAUGUAUACUAUGUCCAAUGACAUUUGUGAUUGUAAUUCAAAGUAUCCUAUUAGUGAUAAACAUGUGUAUAUUUCUGAGAAAUAUAAAAUUGUAACUUGCAUUGAUAUUUUUCAAUAAAGUUGUUGAGAAAAAAAA